CUUUGUCACCAAGAUUGUGAUGUAUCACUAGAAGAAUGACAAAGAAGUAGAAGAUGACUUUGAGGUUCAGGCCUGGAUUAAGGAGCUCACUCAAAUUGGAUUUGAAGGCAUUGGAGACAUUAAAAAAUCUGUAUGACUGGGGUGCCUGGGUGCCCAACUUGCCCUGCUCAAUGAGAAAGCCUCCUCCCACUACCAAGGGGGUAGCGACUAUGGAGUACAUCAUGGAAUCACUGCCGGAUGUUAAACAGUCCUGCCUCCAGAUGGCAAUUCUCUGGGCUCUUAAUCACACACCGUGUGUGUGGAAAAUGAAUACACUGUGCGAUUACAAAGAGGAGUGUUUCACUGAAGAUAAUGUGAAGAAAAUCAUCAAAGAAUUUCAGGACGAGCUGAAGAAAAUCGAUUGCCUGAUCCAGGAGCUUAAGGAGAACCUGGUCCUUAAAUACGAGUACCUGCGUCCUGAGAACAUUGAGAACAGAAUCACCAUCUAAUAGGCAGAGUGGCCUUGUUCAUAGAUAGGGCUUGUUCGAUGAGACGGUUUAGAGGGAGCUUACUCUGAAUCUAACCCUGUGCUGUAACCCUCCUGGGAGUGUUUGAUGAGGACAGUGUAGAGGGAGAUUUACUCCCUAUCUUACCCUGUGCCGUACCUGCCCUGAGAGUAUUUGAUGGGAACAGUGGAGAUGGAGCUUUACUUUCUAUCUGACCCUAUGUUGUAGCUGUCUUGGGAGUGUUUGAUGGGUACAUUUCAGGAAAGUGGAGUUGAGAUGGAAAAUCAGCCAUGAAUUUAUUGAAUGACAGACAGGCUCUGUAGCUAACCCAUUGCUUAUCUUUCCUGGGAGUAUCUGAGGAGAAA